AUGCAGGAAGUUGUUCAAGACCGCCCUGUUCCUUCAGAGCUGAACGUGGACGACGGUGACUACGAGGUUUACCUGUUUUGGCCCUCGUUGAGACUUCAGGAAUCCCCGAAUUCAGGAAAUGAGCAUAGUAUAUAUGGAGUUCGUUUGGGAGUGCCUUUUGGUCGAAGCAAUACGUACUCACGAUCUUCGCAACAGCCUGUGUUGCCUUCAUUUGAUUUCGAUGACUACUGGGAUGGAUUAGCGUCCCCUCCCGCGUUGCCUCUUUCUUUCUCCGAGACUACCAAUUACCGAUUCCCCAAUGGAAAACGUAUGAUCAGUGAGCCUGAGCGCGAGCCUGUGCAGACUGGCUACAGCCAGCUCGUAAAGAUGGGUUUGCUCUUUUCGCAGCAGGUCAGCCAUAGUUUGGAUUGCGUCUGGGACAAGGUUCGCGUGAUCCUGCAAAAGGCCAAACGAAGCCCUGGUUGA